UCAUUUUUGAGAGAGAGACAGAACGUGAGCAGGGGAGGGGCAGAAAGAGAGGAAGAUACAGAACUCAAAGGCUCCAGCCUCUGCACUGUCAGCACAGAGCCCGCUAUGGGGCUCAAACUCAGAAACCAUGAGAUCAUGACCUGAGCUGAAGAUGGACCUUAACCAGCUGAGCCACCCAGGCACCUCAGGAGUAUAGCGGGUCUUUGUCUCCAGUUGCAGGAGAAGAGCUCCAAAAACCUUUGGAAUUUUUUGAAGGAUAAGAAUCUCUCUGUCAUGCUAAUGAGGUGACUUCUGGCUGGAUUCCUAGAUAGCUUCAGGGUGGAGGAAACUGCGCACCAGAAAAUUCAGCCAUGUAAUUGGCUGGAGUUGAGUUCAGUCAUAUAGCCUAUGAUUUAAUCAAACAUGCCUACACAAUGAAAUCUCAAUUAAAAAACCCAAACCAAACCAAACCAAAACAAAACAAACCCUCUGAACAGUGAGGCUCAGGGAACUUCCUGGUUGGUGAACACACUGAUGUGCUGGGAGGGUGGCACACCCUGACUCCACAGGGUCAGGAGCUCCUUUGCUCAGAACUCUUCCAGACCUUGCCCUAUGUACCUCUUCAUCUGAUUGUUCAUGUGUAUCUUUUAUAAUAAAAAGGUAAUCAUAAGUAGAGCACUUUCUUGAGUUCUGUGAGCAUUCUAGUGAAUUACUGAGCCUGAAGGGUGGUCAGUCAUCAGAACCCCAAAUCUGGGGCACCUAGGUGGCUCAGUCAGUUAAGUGUCCAAUGCUUGAUUUCAGCUCAGGGCAUGAUCUUACGGUUCUUGAUGAGGACCUUGUAUUUUAACUUGUGGGAGCUGCUGCUAAUUCCAGGUAGUUAGUGUCAAAAUUGGAUUGAAAUAUAGGACCCCAGCUGGUGUCAGAAAAUUUGUUGCAGAUACAAUAAGGAUAAUGCCUUCCUUAGUUCUAUAAGUCAUUCCAGCAAAGAAUGGAACCUGCAGGAAGAGUGGGAACACCUGAAAAUGUAGCUAACUUGUCAGAGGGAAGAAGGACUGGGGACCCCAAGCUUAUGACUAGUGUCUGUAGUAAAGGCAAUCUUAUAGAAAUUGUGCUCUUAGUUGUGAAGUUUGGGCAAACUCUGCAUAUUUGCUGACAGAAGUAAUUUCAUCUCUGUGUGGAACAUCAUUCAGUCAUAGGAAGGUUAGUACCGAUGCAUGCUACAGCAUGGAUGAACCUUGAAAACAUUACACUAAGUGAAAGAAGUCAGUCACUAAAAGAACACACACAGUGUGAUUCCAUUUUUUUAUUUUAACAUUUUUUAAGAUUUUAUUUUUUUAAUGUUUAUUUUGAGAGACAGAGAGAAAGCAUGAGUGCAUGUGCGAGCGGGGGUGGGGGGGACAAAGAGAGGGAGAGAGAGGAUCCCAAGCAGGCUCCUCACUGUGGGCAUAGAGCCCACCGCGGAACUCAAACCCACGAAUCCGAUUUUGGCUCAGGUCAUGAUUUCACAGUUGGUGAGUUUGAGCCCAUGUCGGGCUCUGUGCUGACAGCUCAGAGCCUGGAACCUCCUUCAGAUUUUGUGUCUCCCUCUCUCUCUGUCCCUCCCCUGCUCACACUCUGUCUCCCUCUCUCAGAAAUAAAUAAACAUUAAAAUGGGGUGUGGUGAUAGUUACACAUUAUCUGCAAACAUACUAAGGUAUGUUUGAAAUAAACACUUUAAAUGGGUGAAUUGUAUGGUAUAUGAACUAUAUCUUAACAAAGCUGUCAUUUAAAAAAAGGUAGUUAUCUUAUAAAUAUAUGCUGAAAAAGCUAUAGAUGAAAUAGACGGUGUCUAGGAUUUGCUUCAAAAGAAUCCAUAGGGGAUGGGAAGGGGAAAGGAAGAAAUAAGACUGGUCAUAAGCUGGUAAUUGCUGAAGCUGGGUGCUUGGAGUCUCAUCAUACUUUCUCUCUGCAGGUUUAUGUGUUUGACCCUUUUCAAAAGAGGGGAAAAAAAAAAAAAGAAGAAUCCCAUGCAACAUUCUGAUUCACUCAGAAAAGAGGGGACUAUCACCUCCUUUGAUGAGUUGUUAUUUAGAGGCCCUACCCAGAGCCUGCAGAUCAGGGAGAUGAAUUAUUGAGGGGAAUCUGAGAGGCAUAGAAGCCAUGGAGUGUGGAGAGGUAGCAAGCGCAGAGGCUGGUUUGGGCCAGGGCAGCUCAGUGCCCCCAGCCCUCAUGGACAACCCCCAGGCCAGGCUGACUGUGGUGGUAGAAGUUGAGAGUGGAAGAGAAUCAGGUGAGAAGAAGGCCUUACACAUUCACUCUUGGAAGUAACGCAGCCUGGGGGAGCCUCCUGGGAGAGGGGAAGCCAAGGCCAUUUUACAGCCUUAGCUGCUGCAGAUGCUUUUUGAGGACGCUCCGCCUCUCAGGGGGUCUGAUCCUGUGCUCAGUACUCUAGGUUAGGAAACUGAGGCCAAAGUUGAGGGCAGGACUUAGGCACGGGAGUUAAUAUACAGUCCAUCCUUCUCAGGCCCUGAGGACACAUGUUGCCCCACACUGCUUCUGGAGGGGCCCCAGAGCAUCUGCCUACUUCAGCCGGAGACUCUAGACACUCAGGUAGAAAUGGGACGGGGUGCGGGUGAGGCCCUGGAAGAUGGGAGUGACAAUGCUGAGCCCAGUCUUCCCCUGCAGGAACAAUGCAUCACCUUUGACAGAGUCCUGGGCUCUGAUGCUGCUCAGGAGGCUGAGCAGGAGCUGCUAGCACGAGUCCAGUCCACACUAGGCUUGGUGGCCCGAGGGUACAGUGUGUCCCUACUGCUUCGGGGUCGGGAAACAGAGACACCUCGGCUUGUACCUCAGCUGUUGCAGAUGCUGUUUGAGGAAACUCUGCCCCACAGGGGCGCUGUUCCUGGGGUUAGCACCCUUAGCCUGGUGCAGCUCAGCCCCAGUGGAAGGACUCAGGACCUGCUCUCUCCAGGGAGAGAGAACCUAUCGGUGUUAGACGUGUCCCCUUUGGGCUUGGUGGUAGAAAAUGCCAGUGAGGUGGAGGUGUCCGACUCAAGAGCUGCCUCAGACCUGUACUUACAAGCUGCAGGGGAUGAAGGCAGGGCCUGCUCUCUGCUCACUGUCACCAUGUCCUGCCUAGGGCCUGACCCUCCCGAGGGGCCUGGGACCUGGGGUAUGUGGCGAGGGGCCUUGAGGAUCCUGCAGCUCCCCAGAGACCUAGAUUGCCCCCUGCUGCAGGUGUUGGCUGGUAAGGUUAUUGGUGAGGAGGUAGAGGGCUCUCUGCCCUGGAUCGUGUCAUGGCUCCUGGAAGGAAACAACUACACUGGUCUUCUUCUUCGCCUGGACCCUCAAGGUGGCUCCCUGAGCUUACUCAGAGCUGCUCUGUUGGGGGCCUCGGGAAGGAGGAUGCAGGUGAAACAGGUGAGGCCCACCCAGUGGGAUGCAGUAGAAGAGGCACGUGCCCGCCGGGCAAACCUGAAGAGCCUGCGUUCAGGCCUCCUUGGGGACACCCUCACAGAAAGUGGGCUCAGCCAGCUGGGCAGGGCACUGCGAGAGUUGCGGGUGGUAAAAGCCUGGAGCCAGUGCCCAGGAAGCCAGAUGCUCAAAGGGGUCAAAGCUGAGGCUGUGGGGCUCCCAGAACUACAGCUGGUGAUAGAUUCAACAGCAAGCCACAGCCCAGGCUUCCAGGGAGAGCCCAAAGUAGGAGUAACAGCAUCUCUAGGACCUGGGCUCCACCAAAAGCAUCCUCCUAGGGACUCUGAGGAACAGGCCUGGCACGCCCCAGAUGUGGCCCUGCAGUUCUUCUUGGCCCAGGCACAGAGGAAGAGACUUCAAGAACAGCACCAGAUAUGGAUCCAAGAGGAACUGAAGCGUUUGGAACAGGAGGAGGAAGAGGUGGAAGGUGACCAAGUCAAAGGCCUGGUGGCUGGAAAGGAGGCCUUCGAGAGGCAGAGAUGGCACCGGGAGCAGACACUAUGGAGACUCCAGCUGGAGGCCCUUCAGGCAGAGCGGGACACUGCAGAGCAGGACCUCAUGGCUCUCUAUGACGUGCACGUGCAGGCUGCCCGGGCUCGGACAUGCCAUACACUGCAGGUAUUUCGAGCCUGGCGAGAGCUGUGGGAGGAGCAGACCACGACCACAGAGCAUCACCACCGCAGCCUGCUGGCUGGUAUCCUGCAAGACAUGCUCCAACUGGCCACACAGAACCAGGAGCUUCAAGCCCAGAACCAGCAGCUUCAGCAGGAUAUAGGCUAGGCUGGGGCCAGUCGUGCUGGAUGGCUGCCCUGGGAAGAAGUCUGGUGAUCAGUAGUCUUUCAGGGGCAGCUUCUUCUCUCUUCAUUCUUCACUGUCCCAGAAGGGAGAGGGAGCUGGGAUAACUACGCUAACCUUCACUAUGGAUAAUGAACGAUACCACUAACCAGGUCUCGUUGUGUCAGUCCCUGCUAGGUACCUAAUACCCACCUCUUCAUUUUAGCCUUUUUCACUACCCUAUGUAGUAGGUGCCACUUGACCCCCAUUUCAGAGGUAAGGCAACUAAAGCUAGGAGAGGUUAAGUAACUGCCCAAGGACAAGUCCGCUAAGUCACAGAGCCAGAAUUCAAAUUCAAGCCUGUUAGAACUAUAGUUCUACACUGCACAUGUGGUGGUUCACAAACUGAAGUGUGCAGCAGAAUCACUUAGCUUAUUAAAGAAAAAAGAUUCCCAAACCCUACUCUCCCAGAUUCUUCAGUAGGUCUGCAGUGUGUGUGUGUGCGUGUGUGUGUGUGUAAGCUUACUAGGUAUGCUCCCAUGGGAGCAGGGCCUGAUGUUCCUCUGGCCAUGAGAAGAGAUGGCAGGAAGGAGUAUCAGUGAGGGAACCAGAGGAAAUAAGAAUCAAAACCAUAUUGAAUCCAUGAGUUCUCUAGCCUAAAACUUGGUUUGUCCUGCCAGGUCCAGCCAGGACCUUCUAUUCCCAAGAGUCCCUCCAAAUUCUCCAGGGCCCAGGUUUGUGCUUUAGAGAAAUUUGAAAAGUUGUGACAGAACAGUCUCCACUCCAUGGAGCCCUCAAAGGAAAUAAUGCUCCUAGCCAUAGAUAGAAGUCUUUUCUCCUAGUCUAUCAGUUACUCGAGGAUUAAGACAUUCAGGGCACUAGGGCAACAAAAUUAUGUUAGAGAGAAUCUACGCAACAGACACAGGACAAUCAUAGCCAAUUGCAGGAACCACCUGCACCCCAGAAUACUUUAUUAAGACCUUCUUGCUUACAGUUAGAAACACUGAUUGAACUACACCAAAUUUCCCUGUGCCUGGUUCCAGGUCACUCUGUGUAGAGCUUCCCUAAUCUGUGUAGAUUACUACACUCUGUGUAGAGCUGGGACAGUGCUAGGCAGGGGCAGGACUCAGAGUGAGAAAAAUGGUACCUCCUAGGAGUUGUAGAGGGGACAGUGGGCUUUGAGAGGGCCCUUGGGGUGAGCAGAGAGGUCAGGAGUGUAGCCUUAAGCCAGGGCCCAGGGGCAACAUUCCCUGAGAUGAGUCAAGCUCCAGCCCUCUCUGGGGUCUCCAGAAAAAGGCUGGGUGCGUGUGGAGAGCAGCACUGUGGAGGGAGCAGGGAGCAAUGUCCCCAGGUACCGCUGGAGCUAGGGGAGUUUGAAAGAGUAGCCUGGAUGACGGGUGUAUAAUCUGUGGCAAUUAGGCUUUCCUGCAUUACAGUGGGUGCGGAUAUCUCUUAUGGGGGAGUCAUGUACCACAGCUGGGCUGGAGUAGCCAGUACCAGGCCUGGGGGCAAUGGGUCUGCUGGGGUGACCACAGGAGGCUAGGAAAGCCAACUGUUGCCCAAACCCACUCAAAGCAACUGUAUUCAUGCAGGAUGAGGUGGAGAGCCUCCUCCACUGGGGAUGGGGUCACUUCUAAGGCCUAGGUAUUGAUGCUCUCCCAUUUCCUUAUUCUGGAAAAACUUCAGGGCAAACCCAGUCUUCAAGUUUCCUGGGGUAACCCUUCAUCCACCCACCUCCAGAGACUAACCUGGCUACUCCCACUUCCCCAGCUUUUGUCACAAGGCACUUGUUACAGGGCUGGCUGGUGAAGAAGGGUAGGGAGGCCUUGGAGGUGGCUCUGAUGGUGGCGCCCAAUCUAUAGAGUCAGGAGUCCGGGUGGAGAUGGUCAGUGACUAGCGGCUGCCAUAGUACAGACGCACAGCCAGGCCAAUGAGCAGCGUGGCCAGGAAGAAGGCAGCUGUGAGCUGCAGCCGCAGCAAGGCUGCUGAGAGCACGGCAUUGACCACCAGGGAGCAGGACACAACAAAGAGCCGUGUGAUGCUGCUGCCAUGCUUCAUGACAGCUGACAUGAGCAGUCCAUUUAGUGCCUGGCUCAGUACCACAAGCGCUGCCCAACCAGAGAAACCCUCCAGGAGGCCUGGGCCAGGGCCACCACCUGCGUGCAGACCUAGGUUCAGGAGCACACCAAAAGUGUAGAGGAAGAGGUUCUGAAGUGCUAGGGGCAGCCGCUGUCGCUUCAUGAGCAGCUCUGUGUACACGGACGACAGGCCCGAGAUGAGGCAGUACAAGAUGAGAAGCAGCAGUCCCAGUGGAGUGAUAUGCAGGGACAUGCGGCCAGCAGCAGCUGCUGGAGGGGGCCCAGGAAGGGUGCUUCCAGGGUCUUGGAGGCCACCAGCUGCAUAGCAGGCCCCUGCUGCCAUCAGCAGCAGCAGUGCCAAGCCCUGGCGUGCAGAGAGGCGGUGCCGGAGACAGAGGCAGUAGAACAGGGCCGUGCUUCCAAUCUUGAGAUUGCUCAGCACCUGAUAGGUGCUGGGGUCCAUGUAACGUUGAAGAUAGAUCACCAGGUUGUUGUUAGCGCCAUAGAGAAGGGCUGAUAGCGCAAAGGGGGCAGCCUGGCGCCAUGGAGGAGCCCCUUGGGGCCAUGCUUGCCAGCCCACCAAGAGGGAGAAGGCGCACAACAGUAGCUUGGUCAGCUCAGUCAGCAGCACAGCUGAGGAGGGCCGGAAGGGCACUCUGCCGUUCACAUGGCACAGUGCCAGUAAUGGGGCAUGGGCACCAUACAUGGCAGUGGACAGGAGUAGCAUCAGGGUCCAGCGGGCCUGCCUGGGACGGCCCAGGCCUGGCAUACCCCCGUCCUCUACACUCAUGCCCAACCCAGACCCUGGGUGGCCUGUGUAGCUAGCCAGGGGACAGCGGGAAUUAUAACAAGUUUGGGAAAAAUCAGAAUGGAGCCGGCUCGCAGGAGGGAAGAGCCGUGGUACAUUGCUAGAGAGAAUACUGAAAAUCAGAGUCAGCUGCAAACUCCAGAGUCAGGGCUGGAAUAGGAAGGGGCCGGUGGCCCUAAAAGCCACAGUCUUGGGGCCAGUCUCAUGGGGUUAAGGAGGGGCGUCCAGAUUAUUGGCUGAUAAGCCACUGUUCACCUUUUGCAAGGAGAGCAAGGAUGAAGACUGUGGAAAAGUUGAAGACAGCAAAAGGGUGAUAGCUGGGGAAGCCAGAUAUGGUGUCUGUGGUUGAAAGGCCUCUACCUGCAGGCCCAAGAUGCUCAUCCUUCCUCCCCCAUGGGAUCCAGAGCUAGUCGGGCCCCUUGCGCAAUGACCGAAGAUAGUCCCUCAACGUCUUCUCCACAUUGGGCACAGCAUAUGCCUGAGCUGCGUAGAUGCCAGUGCAGGUACCCACAGCAAAGCCCAAUACUGCUGAUGCCCUCAGUUUGGCCACCACAUAGCCGGCUAAGAAGCCCUUGAGGAAUGGGGAGGACAAGAGCGAGCCAUCCUGUGGAGAAAAAUGAAGGAAACUCAGCCAGGAUCUCCAUUCUCUACCCAAGAGCUACUGGCCUUAGAUCAUCCCACGACCUCUGCCUUACUCUGGAAAGCUGCAGUAUUCUCUCCAAAGAUUUUCUCAAGAUUCUGGAGGCAGAAAAAGAACCUAGAAGUCCUGAUCACACAAUCUCAGAAUGCUGGGGUUAGAAGGCUCCAACCACAGAACCCUACCACCACAAAGCUACAGAGGUGUCCCUGAGGAAUCUGACCCCUGCCUGCUUCUCCAACCUCACUUCCUAGCAUGCUCCCCCAUUACUGGAGCCAAAUUAAACUACUUUCAUCCCCCCUGUUCAUCAUGCUACUUCCCACCAUAAGAGCUUUGUAUAUGUUGUUCCAUCUGCCUGAAAUGAUCUCUCCUCCCCUCUUUACCUAGUUACCUUCUAUUUAAGAUACCAGUUCAAAUAUCAUUUUCUUACAGAAACUUUCCUUGGGGUCACAGAAAACAGGCCAUCAAUAACCAUUUGCUGAGUAAGUCUCUAUCACCCAUUCAAAAGCAUAUUGGGCAAUGAAGCCCAAGGCCAGGGGGGAAGAGGGGGAAGGAGUGGUGGGCAGGUGCAGCUUUACCUGGCCCACACCACUGUUGACUUCGUCUUCCACACGCUGCUGCAGGCGUUCCAACUGGUUCUUGAGAAAUGCCAGGUCCUUAAGCUUAGGCAGAGAAUCCUAGAACAAGAAAGAAUCCAACAAGUUAACCCAGCCCAAUUCUCUGCUGAGGUCUGUCAGAGGCUGGGUGUUU